CGACUGGGAUCAGCUGACCCAAGUGUUGACGAAGCAGCUCCGGUUUCUCCACGGAAUCAAACCCCCGACCUCAUCCCGGAGAGAGCCGGGACAGAGCAGGACACCGGCUGUACGCGGACAUGCCCCCUCCCCCGCGCCCCUCUCCGGCCUCUGUCCCGCCCCUCGCGCUGCUCUGCCCCCGGGUUUGGGGUUUGUUUUGAGGCGAGUGCCCGGAGCGCAGUUUCGGUAAAACCGGAGUUCGGGAUGGAUGCGGAGGAGAGACGCGGGCUGCUGCAGGCGGAGGCCGGGCACAGAGACCCGAGCCCCGGGCAGGGAGAGCCGGACACACCGCUGUCCGAGCAGGAGCUGUACCUCAGUAAAGUCCAGAACGGGCGCCUGUUCCUCGCCACUUUUGCCGCCGUUUUGGGACCGAUGAGUUUCGGUUUUGUGUUGGGCUACAGCUCGCCCGCCAUCCCCGACCUGAUGUCCAUCAACGACCCGUACCUCCGACUGGACGCCACGCAGGCCUCAUGGUUUGGGUCCAUAGUGACCUUGGGAGCAGCGGCCGGGGGGCUCCUCGGAGGGUGGAUGGUGCAGAGGAUGGGGAGGAAGCUCUCGUUGAUGUUCUCCUCCAUCCCCUUCGUCUGCGGCUUCACCAUCAUAGUCGCGGCUCAGGGCGUCUGGAUGCUGCACCUCGGCCGCGCUCUCACCGGGCUCGCCAGCGGAGUCACCUCGCUCGUUGUCCCGCUCUACAUCUCAGAGACGGCUCAUGAGCGUGUGCGGGGGCUGCUCGGCUCCUGUGUGCAGCUCAUGGUGGUAAUCGGCAUCAUGGGAGUUUACCUGGCAGGUCUGGUGCUGGACUGGCGCUGGCUGGCGGUCUUUAGUUCAAUUCCUCCCACCCUGAUGCUGGUGUGCAUGUGUUUUAUGCCUGAGACGCCGCGGUUCCUUUUGUCUCGGGGUCAAAGGGCAGAAGCGGAGGAGGCUCUGAGGUUCCUGAGGGGCCCAGAUGCUCCGGUGCAGUGGGAGAGCGCCCGCAUCGAGGAGAGCACCCACGAACAGGGCUCUGAGUUCCGGCUCUCUGACUUGCGUGACCCUGGGGUGUUUAAGCCCCUCCUCCUCGGGGUCAGUCUCAUGAUUUUCCAACAGAUGACUGGGAUCAACGCCAUCAUGUUCUACGCAGAGAGCAUCUUUGAACAGGCGCAUUUUCAGAAUGGGGACGUGGGCUCGGUGUUGGUAGGAGUCACUCAGGUGGUCUUCACGGCGGUAGCGGCCCUUGUGAUGGACCGUGCCGGGAGGAGGCUGCUGCUCAUCAUCUCAGGAGUGUCCAUGGCGUUGAGCACAGCAGCAUUCGGCGUUUACUUCUACCUCCUGAAUCAACCUCAGCCCCAAACACAGAUAUCCUGGCUCGCCCUCCUCAGUAUGGGAGUGUUCAUCACAGGUUUCGCUCUGGGCUGGGGGCCGAUCCCGUGGCUCGUUAUGGCUGAGAUCCUCCCGGUUCGAGUACGAGGCUUUGCUGGAGCCGUCUGUGUCUUGACCAACUGGACCAUGGCCUUCACCGUCACCAAGAGCUUCCAGGACAUGAUGACCUUCCUCACCUCUGCUGGGACCUUCUGGCUCUUCUCGUUCAUGUGCGUCCUCAACCUGUUCUUCACCACGUUCUUCCUCCCGGAGACAAAAGGCAAAACUCUGGAGCAGAUCGAGGACAUGUUCAGAGGCUCCUCCUCACGAGCCUGAACUUCAUGACCAGACAACAUCUGACCAAUAGGUGUCCUCAACAAAUGGACCAUGGCCUUCACUCUCACCAAGAGCUCCCAGGACAUGAUGGAACCAGAACUGAGCCAGAAUUGACCCAGGACUUAACCACGACUGACCCAGGACUGACCCAGGACUGACCCAGGACUGACCCAGGACUGACCCAGGACUGACCCAGGACUGACCCAGGACUGACCCAGGACUGACCCAGGACUCCUCCUCUCGAGCCUGACCACCACCAAGCAGCCGCAAAUUAGAGAGAGACCAAUAUGGAGCCAAUAUCUACUCUUUUAGCUCAUUGGUUUUCAGCCUUAAAUCUCCAGCACUCCAUCUCUAGUUUAGACCUGGUUUAGUCCUUGUUUAGUACUGGUUUAGUUCUGGUUUAGUCCUGGUUCAGUCCUGGUUUAGAGCUUGACUACUACAACUGUGAACAACUACGAUCAAUACAAUCAAACAAACUAAUAAACCUGUUCAUCAUUGCACUGACCGACGGAGGCCACAAGGGGGCGACGCAGACUUAGAUUUUGAAAUAAACGUGCCAAUUCUUUAUGUGUGAUCCAUAGACUGUAUAUAUAUAUAUAUAUAGAUGGACAUGGCUAACCUGCUAGCCGCUGUGUUCCAAACUGGAAGUGGUCAUGGCCGCACUUCUGGCUCCAUCGACUCUGGCUUCAAUUCACUUUCUAUUGAAAAACUGUAUACACUCCCUCUGUAACUGCUGCUGUCAGACUUGUCAUUUUGCUUUUAAAUGUUUGUAUUAACCCGCUCCACAUGACCACAAUAUGAUUUCACGAUUUCAAGAUAUAAGCAUCAAUAAGAAACUAAUCAGGUGCCUUCUUGCCCCGAGGUUGCUCCCAAUAGCGUUAGCAACAGGUUUAAUUGAUAGCAUUGCUAAGCGCCUGCUCCCUGCUAAACCAGCGGUGCAGGCGGGAAGGGGCAUUACCUUUUUGGUUGCUAUGACACUCAUUGGAAUUCCAAAUAUUAAACUAGGCUCCAAAUUCACUGCUAUAACUGUGAGCCUCAAUGAGCUUCAUUUGACUGGAGCUGAACGCUGUGGGAGUCACAGUCAGUCCACUUCUUUAUACAGUUUAGUCCAGGUCGUCCAGGUCCUACACCAACUGGACUUAAGUUUUAGAGUUCAGAUCUGAAGAAGCCUCUCGGGUGAGCGGCCAAACGUCUUCAAUCCAAAACUGUUCAGUUACAGAAUCAAAUUUUCUUUUGCUUCGUGCCAAUCCUAGUUAAAAGAUUUAAACUACAGAAACGUCGUUUUGAUUUAACCUCGCAUUGAUGUAGCGGUCAAUAAAACGUCACCACCCGCUGCUACGUUAAGUGGGAGUCGCAGUCACCAACACAAACCAGGGGCGGUGCCAGGGGGGACUUGAGGGGGAUUAGCCUCCUCUAGAAAGGCCACAGCUCCCCCAAACAUUUUCCCCCACUUUUACAGCUCAUCCAAUCUCCACUAAAACAGUUUAAAUGGUGACCACAGAGUUCAAAAUGAGACCACAAUGAAAUAAAAAAAAAGGUUUUAUAAAUCGCUACAGGGACUAACUACACUCAGAUUGGUUUAAAACAGCAACACAAACAUUAACGACUCUUAAUUAACUCGUUAUAGCGCCCUCUUUGAUCCUCCAACCAAACAUGUCUGGCUCCGCCCCUGUCACACGCUCUGGUGUAGCUCGUGGUUGGUAGCAAAACGUUGACUUGUAAAACUAAAAAUUAAAGUCCAGCUGUUUUAAUUUUUGAUGCACUGAUUGACUUGUUAGUAAAAUUUAAAACAAAAAAAAAAAACUAAAAAUUAAUAAGAUAUUUUUUGUAUAAUUUUAUAGACCAAAUGACAUGAUACUUCUGAGUUACUGAGAUUUAAAUGUUCAGUAGAAAGCUCCUCUGUUGAACUGCUUGUAUAAUAAAAUGUGUAAAUCUGAACUGCAGAAACAUGACCAAACAGCGCCCUCUUGUGGCCACAUCUUUAACUGCUCACGAUUUUUGUGAAUUCGUUACUUUUUUUCUUUUUUUUUUUGAAGAUUGAAAGUGAUUUUUUUACUGACACAUUUUUAUGGGUUUUGUAUUUUUUUGUUUGCUUUUGAUGAACUCUCAUCUGUUUACUGUCAAAUGAAGAAUAAGCUUUUAUCUGGGUCCUUUUGGUGCUUUUUCAGUUUGUUUUUUGUUCAAAUCUUGUGAAAUGUUUGAAUUAAAAUGAAUCUUUGAAUAAAAAUCUACAGGAGUUCU